GCGCUGUCGCGUCCUCGCUAGCCAGCAGCCCAGCACACACACUGCGCAUAAGAUCGAGAGGAGCGAGCUGAGAGCCCCGCGGCCAGCGCGCGGGUGUGACCCGGCCGCACGCGCACCAACUCCCUUGGACGCACGCGAGCGGAGACUGAGCGCAGUGUGAGGAGGAGUGGAAAGCAGCAGCAGCACCGGCGCGGCGGCGGGGUGCGAUCAGCUAGCGGCCGGACACCACGCACCGCGGGGCGCCGUUGCUGGUGGUCCGGAGCUAGUAGCUACGUAGCCGGCCGGCGAGACCGAUCGGCGGCGAUGGGGAGGGCGCCGUGCUGCGAGAAGGUGGGCCUGAAGCGGGGGAGGUGGACGGCGGAGGAGGACGAGAUACUGGCCAGCUACAUUGCCAAGCACGGAGAGGGAUCCUGGAGGUCGCUGCCCAAGAAUGCAGGGCUGCUCCGGUGCGGCAAGAGCUGCCGGCUGCGGUGGAUCAACUACCUCCGGGCGGACGUGAAGAGGGGGAACAUCUCCAAGGAGGAAGAGGAUGUCAUCAUCAAGCUCCACGCCACCCUUGGGAACAGGUGGUCCCUGAUCGCGAGCCACCUGCCCGGCCGAACAGACAAUGAGAUCAAGAACUACUGGAACUCGCACCUCAGCCGGCAGAUCCACACGUACCGCCGGACCUACACCGCCGGCCCGGACGACACCAUCACCGUCGACAUCAGCAAGCUGCACAGCGCCGAGAAGCGCCGCGGCGGCCGGACCCCGGGCCGCUCGCCAAAGAGCGCCGCCACCGCCACCAGCGGCGGUAGCAAGGCCCGGAGCAAGCAGCAGCUGCCGGGCCCUGAUAAGGAGCCUGAGCCGGCGGGGUCCGCCGAGGCGAAAGGCGCCUCCGGCCCGGUGGCCGCCGCCGCGGCGUCGAGCCCGCGGCACAGCGACGGGGCGCGGAGCGCCGUGGUGGACCCGGACCAGAACCAGCCCGGCAGCAGCAGCGGCGUCGCCGGCGGCGGAGGCGCCAACACGCCCGAGGGGCCCUGGAGCGAGGACGCGACCGGCUCGCUGGUGCUGGACCCGGCGGCGAUGGAGUUUGGGGGCCUCUGGGAGGCCGAGAGCGAGAUGGAGGCCCUGCUGUCGAGCGGCGGCGAUAUCGGGUCUGGCCACGAUCCGCUUACGGGGUUCGACGCGGUGGCCGAGGCCCAGGUGGACGACCUCCUCGACAUGGACUGGGACGGCUUCGCGGCCCAUCUCUGGGGCCAGCCUGCCGCCCCCUGCCACCAGCAGGGCGACAACCAGCCCGACGAGCCGCAGGCCGCCGCUGCGGGCUGCAACAACCACCAGGAGGACGACGAGCUGGAGUCGUUCGCGACCUGGCUCCUGUCGGACUCGUUCUGAGAGCUCGUUCCACCAUCAAACGGAUCAGGGUCAAGCAGGUCUGCAGGUGCUCAUUAGUUCAUGUGACCAAAGCUGGCAGGCAACGAAGUGUUCCUGUGUACAGUCUCUUGUGAAGUUUUAGCUUGUAGUUGUAGCUACUAGGUGUUGUGUCGUCACUGGAAUGGACUUUCGUUCUUCAGGUCAACCUGUAGACUGUAGCCGAGGGUUUGGGGUUUUCUAAUUUACGGUCGUCCGUUUUUUUCCGUCGCU